UUGAACCCGGGAGGCAGAGGUUGCAGUGAGCUGAGAUCGCACCACUGCACUGCAGCCUGGGGGACAGAGCGAGACUUCAUCUCAAAAAAAGAAAAAGUUUUCUCUCUUUAAACCUGGAACCAUCUUAUUAGCAAUAAAUGACCUGAUCUUAAAAGUCUGACAGGAAACAGCAUUGAAAUUUGGGAUGGUACCUUCUUGGUGACCACUGUUUCUUCAAUUCUUCUUAAUUGCUAAAUCCUUGUUUGGUUCAAUUUCUGGGAUUUAUGUUUUACAUUCAUAUAUUUAAUAAAUGUUUCUGAAUAUAUUAUCAUAGAUUCUUGAAGGGUAUUUUUUAACUUCAAAAUAUUUCCAAUUUCAUGGAUUCAAUUUUUCUCCAUAAGGAGGUUUCUUAGAGAAUUGGGGUAAUGUUUUUUCACCCAACAUCACUUAUUCACCAAUACUAACAUUCAGAGUAUUUUGGGGAUCAAAUACUGUUAAGAAAACAGUUUUAAAUUUCAUGCAUGUUUAAGGAUUUUGUAAUAUUUUUACAAGCAUCCCAAUUUCUGUUUGGAGACUGUGGUUUGGCCAUCGUUCCUUACCCACAUUCACUAAAGGUGUUGAUCAUAACUGAGGACAGGAGCCCAACAGCCAGGUCCCUUUAUGCCCAGGACCCCUCAGCAGCCAUGUCAGGUUGUUCCUGCUGAAGCCAGGGCGACUUAGCCCAGGAUAACAGUAGAUUCUGAGAUGGGUGAGAAAUGGUCCACACGUGGCCACAGUCAUUCCUCUGGCAUAGUGAACUUGGGCUCAGGAGUUCAGGCUGUUUUCAAUGAGCAUGAGCUGAAAUUGCUACACUUUGGGAGUUUUCAGUGACACACUUCAAAGUGCUCAUCGUGUAGCAUGGAUCAGUUGAGUAGGGCUGAUGCACUUUUGCCCUGUGUUGCAUCUAUCUGUGUAACUUUCUCCGAGGUAGACCACAUGGGGCGCUUAGGCCGUCAGACUCCCAUUGUGAUUCGUUAACGUGAUACAAGCAACGGAACCACCCAGUCACCUUCAAUGCAGAGAGGUUUGCUGACAGGCUCCCUGGGUGACACUUCAUCCAAUUAGAUGUGGCGUUGUCCUGUGUCGUAGAGUCAUGCGGCCAUACCAAAGUGCCCCACCUUCCCCGGUCCACAACCGCCAUUGUCUGUUCAUCCUAUCUAAUGGCCGCUGCCUCCAUCAUGGCUGAGGCUACCUCUAAGACGACCUCUGAGGAAGACCUGAGCACCCAAGAGCCCAAAGAGGCCAACUCCACGACUGUCCAGAAGCAGAAGUGAGAUCGCUGAGGGUCCUGCAGGCGCCCUUCCAACCACCACGGGGACAGCUUCGCCACCUAUUUUCCACGGGUGCUAAAGCAGGUUCACCAGGGCCUCAGCCUUUCCUGGGAGGCUGUGAGUGUCAUGGAUUCUAUGGCUUAUGACCUAUUCGACCACAUCGCCACCGAGGCUGGUCGCCUGGCUCGCUACACCAAGCGCAUGACCAUCACCUCCCGGGAUAUCCAGAUAGCCAUGCACCUGCUGCUGCCAGGGGAGAUGGGCAAGCUCGCCGAGUCUCAGGGCACAAAUACUGUCCUCAGGUACACCAGGAGCAAGUGAGCUGCCUCAGGAGCGCCUGAGCACCGCGGAAACCCAAAGGCUAUUUUGAGAGUCACCACAUGUGGCCUGAAAGACCUGUGGCCUGCCAAGGGGGGGACCCCACCGGAGGUUGGGGUGAGUGGCGCCCUUCCGAUUUGGGGGACAUGUGGCGUAUGGCGUCCUGCGAUUUUUCAAGCAUUUUCCCCGCAGUACUAAACAUUGUCAAACUCCAAUACAUCUGUAGUGCAAUUUGCUCCAAGGAAGAGUAGUGGGUUUUUCUGUGAUCGUGUUUCAUUUACUCGGUUUCCUAAAUGGUCACUUUUAUUAGUUAUCUUUCUGGUGAUAUUAUCAUUGACUGAUCUUACCGUUUUCAUUUUCAUUCUGCUGCGACUGGAUGAUGGAAUU